CUUUGGCAUCUUUGCUGUCAACGAUUUUCACGUAAACCGUAAGUCUUCAGAACGGGAUGCUAUGUGGGCAUCGUCUGUUCGAAGUUCAGAAUCGCCUGCAACUAAGACUGGUGACGGCACUGUUUGCACACGUUCGUCGGCUAGUGAACCAAGUAAUGGUACAACCCCUAAUUGUAGCUCUCCAAGAAGUAAACCACGAUACAGUUUCUACAAAGAUGAUUCUUUAACACAAGAAGGGGGCGAAUCUCCAACAAUUCCUCUAUCUCAGGACUCAGUAAACAUGGUUACAGGUGUUACGUGGGCCUGGAACAGUCCAAAGCGCACUACUGCAACCGUUAAACAGAAACGUCCGAGAAAUUUGUUACGCAGUAAUGUAAACAAAAAUUCAGACAGUACCCGAAUACAACGAAAAAAAUCGCUUACUGGUUUCUAUAAAUUCCAAUCAGAUCUGAAAUUACUGCAGGAUACUGAUAGAUCAUUUGAUGGACCAAAGUUGGAGAAAGAAAAAUUAUCUAUUUCUAUUCCUGUUUCAAAAAUACCCUUUCCCAACAACGUAAACAAGUGUAAUUCCUGUUAUGUUGCCGAUAAAACACAAAUUAACGUGCCGCAUAAAGGUUGGCAGUUUGAUUCUUUCAACGAUUCUGAUCUGAAUCGUUUGCUAGUACAAGCUACUCAGAAAGCGGACAAUCAUUCACAUAAAACAGUACAGACUCCAACUGGAUACCAACUGCCUACUGACGAAGCCAACAAGGAGAAUAACACAGAAAAAAGGAAAAGUUUCGUUAAAAACCGAACGGCAGACAAUUUAGAUUUAAAAUUUGAAUUGUUGAAUGAUUCCGAGAAUGAUGUAUUUCUUAUUGAAGCUUCGCAAAAGAUAGAAAGCUCUGAUAUUAGCACGAAUAAAAUGUUAGAGGAGACAACGUCAGUUUCUAAAAGAGUGAAUGCAUUAACACGACAUAAAUCUAUGCCGGAAUCUACAAGUUCGAAGGUUUGUAGCAGCAGAAUCCCCCAACGGUUGAAUUAUUCACCAGAAGAUUCCAUAUCAGUAUCAGCCUCGGAAACUACGACUUAUUGUACAGUAGGUGCAGUUUUGCCGACAGUAUCAAAUAUUUCAAUAUCUUCCAUGCAGCACCCGAUUCGUAGAUGUACUAAGGAGGAAAUUGAACAAAAGCGUCAAGAUGCUCUGAAAAGAUUGCAGGAGAGACGAUUAAAACAGCUAGUAAGACAGAACAUUUCGUAAGUCUAUCUAAAAGUUACGUUGCUUAUUAGCUCUAAAUAUAUUUCUGAAUAAUGAUAUAUUGAUGUUAACUUUUGUGAAUUUUAAUAACCAGGAUCUAACUAAAAAUAAAGGAAACUCUGAAAUACGUUGAAUUUAAAGUUAAACU